CCCCCGACCACUCUCUUUCUCUCCUCCGCAACCCCCAGACCUCUCUCUUCCCACGAAUCUCUCCUCCGCGAACCAGAUCCAUGACCUGCGAAACAAAAACAUCUCUCAUCUCUCAAGCUUGGCAACGUGGGAGGCGAGAGGCUCGUCGGCGGGGAGAUUCGCACGGUUAGCGCCGGCGUUGAGGGGAGAUUCGCUGUGCUCCGGUUCCCCUCCGACAACUUUGCGUGAGGAGCUCGGGUUUCGACAGCUUUGUGUGCAUUCCGGCGACUUUGGCGCUGCAACUCGCGAUCUUCGUUGGCAACAACUUGAGAUCGACAUGGUCGGCGUUUGUGAUGGAGUUCAGCCCACAUUAACAGAGAGAGAUAGAGAAGCUGGCUGUCCAGCAAAUAAAAGCAUGUGCUGUGGUUUGGAGCGGCUAAAACCCAUACUAUCUCCGGCGCCAUCUCCAAAUUCUUUUGAAGAAAGUAGAGUCUCCAACAUAGCAAUGAAUCACUUGACUGUUGAAACAGAAGAUACUUUUGCCAGUUUGCUGAGCUUGCAGCUAACAAUGAUGUUGAGGGUUUCAAAACAGAGAGAAAUAGAGAAGGUGAGAGGUGAGAGAGAGUUUGAGGGAGAUGAAGAGAUAACGGGAGAGAGAGAAGCAGAAUUUUUUUUUUUUUGUUAUGGGGGCAUUUAAGUCAUUUUAUUGAA